CUCCUAAAGCAAUCUGUGAUCACUGAAAUUUUGCAAGAAAAACCAAAGGAAAGAAGCACCGUUUAAAAAAUCCGAUGAUCUAGUGGCAGAAAAAGAGUUUUAUUCAUUAAGGUAUGAACGACGUUUUUGUAUAAAAUUAUGUUUUAGUAAGAAGAUAGGGAAAUGUUUGAUCAUCUCAAAUUUUGUUGUCUCCUGAUCUUGGACAACUCGGUCAGGAAUUAGAUGAAAACUGGAGUGUGAACUAAAAAAUUUCCUGGAACUCUGUUAUGACUUGAUUUCAAAGUAUCCUACGAAAUUGCUGUGGUAGAUGGUAUUUUGAAGACACAGAAGAGGUAUUUAACUUUCAAACAUUGCCAGGAGGGUUUAGUUCUGCCCGAUAUAAACCAUAUAUAGAAAACAAUAAUCAAAACAAGUGUUAUUUCCUGUAACAUUCCUUCCCAAGCGGAGGUAAAAUGAAGUCUAAUUUUUGAUAUGUUUUAACUCUUCAUUUACAAGAUACAUAAUGAAAUUGGGCUAUGCAUGGAUCUUGUGGUUGGCUUUGGAAAUUGCUGUCCUUGUAAACGCAGACUUGUCUUCAGACUCAUCCAAAAGAGGUUUGUAAUCAUAAGUUUGUGACCAUAUAUUCCGUGCAACUGGCAAAUAAGUGUGUUUUAUUUUGGUGACUUGCACAAGAGGUUCUGCUCUCACAGACGUAAAAGUGAAAACGAUCGAUUGUAAAUUUAGACGUUUUGAGUGUUAGCCCUUGGACUGAUGCCUUCCCUUCUUUUUAGAUGAUUUACUGGGUCUUGAUUUAGGACUGGGAGGUGAUCUCUUUCAUUCAAACUUCGGAAGUGAUCUUCUGAAGGAAAACGUAAAACAAGAUGACGCACAUUUGAGAGCGGCGUUUCCUGUAAUGGAUGCCUUCAAGGAACAUACGCUACUGUCGGCUGAUGAUCUGAAAGAAAAAGUCGAGAAUAGUUACUCAGAUAAAGAUGGAAUCCGUGAGGCGGUUGACGAAGCUUUGAUGAAGCUUCAUAAGAAGAAAGAAGAAGCGGCGGCUGAUGCCAAAGUUUCGCAUGUGCCACACAAAACUCAUGUUGUAACAGCUAAAGAACUGAUAGACGAGGUGGUGAAGCAGGAGAUCGCAAACCAUAUAGACCCCAGCACUGCCACCUCUGAUGUUUCGAAAGAUGUUAUUGAUAACGACGAGUUGAAAGGAAAACUGCAUCAAAAGCUGGAAGAAAUCACAAGGAUUGAGACGAAGUUGUUUUCUCUGAUUCGUGAUGUGAAAGGGUUUUUGUUGACAAAGAAGUCUGAAGAGGGGGCUGGCAGAGAUGACAUCGAUAACGUUUCGUUUGACACUUCAGUUUCAAAACGUAGCGAGAUUCCAUUCAACAUCAAUCGAUUCCGUGAUAACACAAGUUUGGUGGAGGACUUUAUCCGUGAUGCGCUGAAAGACGACUUCACCAUUAAUCACAGUGCUCUCGGUGAUAUAGAGAAUGAACCAGGGGACAACAGCGACGCUAAACAAGGGGAUGCCAGAGAUUUGCUGGGGAAAGAAGAGACAGAAAAGGCGUUGCUUAAAGAGGCAAUCCCUGGGGAGAUCGAAGACAUCCCUAUGUCGAGUUUAGAGCGGGAAAUUGACGAAAACGACUCGGUUGCUAGUGAUCAUGGGAUUACUCGUGAUGCUCUUGUGGAAUCUCCGCUGUCAGAUUUGGAUUAUAAGAAAGUUACUGGCAAGAGAUCCCGGCAUUUUGUUUCGUAGAGAUGGCAACGACUGCAACAACAUCUUCGCCACAAUCUGUCACUUACACUAAAGAGAAUUUACUAUAUGCGUAUCCCUUGGUAGGUUGUGUAAGACUUCCAAUCUCAACGGGUCAGUGAUGGCGGGAUUUGAAGAGUUGCUUCAGAAGUUGUAUCUGUACCUUAAGUAGGUUCAUUACCUGAUUACCACACUAAACAGGGUAAAAAGGGAAAAGAAUUUUAAAGGCGUUGCACUUUGUUGAAAGAGAACAGAUUGGCCUCGAGACUUCAUGCCCACUUAGUUAACAAUUGUUUGAAAGGGGCUCAACCCUCCGAAGAGAUACGUUGUAACAAUUUUUGUAGUGUUAUUGCUAAAUUAAUAAUGCAAGGCUAAGCAAGGUGGUGUGCGUGUAAGUGUGUGAGUGUUGGGGAAGAGGAUGGGAGGGGAGGGAGAAGAGUCUGACCUGGAAGGUCUUACUUUGAAAAUGUAGUUAAUCAUUACGACAUAGGAUCCUAAAAUAACAAUAAAUUUAAUGAAGGCGCUGGUGUCGAAUUCUUUUCCCCUUUCGUUCGGUGUAUGCUCUUGCAAUUUGAGAUAGAAAUCUGCUUAAAAAUGCAAGUAAGGUUUCGUGAGAUUAUUUUCACGGUUUGGACCAUGUAAAGAGGGUUCUGUCCUUUGCAGCUCUUUCGAUAAAUUAUCUCGCGACACUUGGUUUACAUAAGAUACGUUCCAGAACUUCACCAUGUAAUUCCCAUUUUACUUUUUAUUCAUAAAUACUUGCCUGAAAUUUUAUAGUUAUAAUAUAACAGGUCCAAUUAUAUAUCAAAAUAAUUAAUAGAAAUUGAUCUGUUCUGUCACUGCUUCAGCCCACGGCUAACGCUCUUCAAACAGUUUUUAAGUUGAUGAUGGCUGCACAGUCACUCUGUGUUUGUUUUAAAAUGCACAUACAAGCAUUUUGUUUUACUCGUGACCAUGUGUGGAUAAACUUCCGGACUUACUGAUCCCACAGAGAGAAACAACCGCACACAAAGAAAAGCCAAACAAACAAGAAAAAAACUAUCACGAAACGCGUUCGCGACCUCACAAUGCGAAUUCAACGAUUAACAUAGAAAGCGACAUAUUCUCUGCAUCGUCGUAUUACAUUAAAAUAUAUAUUCAUUUAUCCUUGUCUGCAAUUCAUUUUUCUGUUUUUC